CCCAUGGGGAGCAGCCAGGAGGAGGGGUUCCUUCAUCAGCCGAGCCAGCAGGACCCCGACGCAGGUGGGGGCUGCCAGCUGGGGCUGGGGGUGGCAGGGAGAGUCUCUGCCACACCAGGACCCCCUGGGCUCCCUCCCACCUGCCCGCCUGCAGACCCUGACACCACCAACACCGCCAGGCCCUCCGCCACCGUCCUGGAGGGGAGCACCCAGCAGGGCCCCUUCUUCUACAUCGGAGGCACCAACGGGGCUGCAGUAAUCAGCUCCUACUGCCAGAGCAAGGGCUGGCAGCGCAUCCAGGACAGCCGCCGCGAGGACUACAUGCUCAAGUGGUGCGAGGUCAAGUGCCAGGACAGCUACCGCCGCUUCCGGGAAGGAGAGCAGCUGCUGUUCCAGCUCCCCAACAACAAGCUCCUCACCACGAAGAUCGGGCUGCUCAGCAUCCUAAGGGGCUACUCGCGGGUCACCAGGAAGGUCAGCAGGCCGCCGUGCCCCCAAGUCAAGUAAGCCACCCGCCCGCCUAGGCUCCUGCUCCCUUCCUUGCAUCCUCCCCACCUCCUGCUUCCCAGGGUCUUGAGAAUGGAAGAAUUUUUCCCAGAGACCUACCGUCUGGACAUCAGGGAGGAGAGAGAAGCCUUCUUCACCCUGUUUGAUGAAGCGCAGACGUGGAUCUGCAAGCCCACGGCCUCCAACCAGGGCAAAGGCAUCUUUCUGCUCAGGCGUCGGGAGGACGUCGCCGCCCUGCAGGCCAAGACCCAGAGCCGCGAGGGCGACCCCGCCUUCCGCAAGAUGCCGCUCCGAGGGCCGCAGGCUCGGGUGGUACAGAGGUACAUCCAAAACCCACUGCUACUCGACGGGAGGAAGUUUGAUGUGCGGGCCUACCUCCUCAUCGCCUGUGCCAUGCCCUACAUGGUCUUCUUUGGCCAUGGCUAUGCCCGCCUCACCCUAAGCCUCUACGACCCCCACUCCAGCAACCUCAGUGGCCACUUGACCAACCAGUUCAUGCAGAAGAAGAGCCCCUUGUACAUGCUGCUCAAAGAGGACACGGUGUGGAGCAUGGACCGCCUGAACCGUCACAUCAACGACAAGUUCCAGAAGGCCCGGGGCCUCCCCAGAGACUGGGUCUUCACUACCUUCACGAAGCGGAUGCAGCAGAUCAUGGCCCACUGCUUCCGGGCCGUCAAAGCCAAGCUCGAGUGCAAGCUGGGGUACUUCGACCUCAUCGGCUGUGACUUCCUGGUUGAUGAGAACUUCAAGGUGUGGCUGCUGGAGAUGAACUCAAACCCCGCCCUGCACACCAACUGCGAGGUCCUCAAGGAGGUGGUCCCACGCGUGGUCAUGGAGACCCUGG